CGGGGCCGUUCUGCCCCUUCCGCCGCUGCGAGGUGUGGGAGCUCUGGGCCUGCCCCCCGCGCCUUCCUGGGGCAGGGCGGCCUUGGGAGCGCCCGGAGUUCUGCGGCCGUGCCUCCUGCUCCUGCCUUUGCUUCUCGUCCCCCAGCAUCGAAAACGGAACCAGGAACACCGUCGGAGCUGCCGUGUCCUGAGCCCCUAGGUGUCAGUAAUUAACACUGUGGACACCUCCCAUGAGGACAUGAUUCACGAUGCACAGAUGGACUACUAUGGCACCCGCCUGGCAACCUGCUCGUCAGACAGGUCUGUCAAAAUCUUCGACGUGCGCAACGGAGGGCAGAUCCUCAUUGCCGACCUCAGGGGCCUCUCCCCUUGCAGUCAUGAGGGUCCUGUGUGGCAGGUGGCCUGGGCCCACCCCAUGUAUGGCAACAUCCUGGCAUCCUGCUCCUAUGACCGGAAAGUCAUUAUCUGGAAAGAGGAAAAUGGCACCUGGGAGAAGACGCACGAGCACACGGGACAUGACUCCUCAGUAAACUCUGUGUGCUGGGCCCCCCAUGACUACGGCCUGAUCCUAGCCUGUGGGAGCUCUGACGGGGCCAUCUCCCUGCUGACCUACACUGGGGAGGGCCAGUGGGAAGUGAAGAAGAUCAACAAUGCUCACACGAUUGGCUGCAAUGCCGUCAGCUGGGCCCCUGCUGUUGUGCCUGGAAGCCUCAUAGACCAGCCAUCGGGGCAGAAGCCCAACUACAUCAAGAAGUUUGCGUCGGGCGGCUGUGACAACCUCGUCAAGCUGUGGAAGGAGGAGGAGGAUGGCCAGUGGAAGGAGGAGCAGAAGCUGGAAGCACACAGUGACUGGGUUCGAGACGUGGCCUGGGCCCCCUCCAUUGGCCUGCCCACCAGCACCAUCGCCAGCUGCUCCCAGGAUGGUCGUGUGUUCAUUUGGACCUGUGACGAUGCCUCGGGCAAUACAUGGUCCCCCAAACUGCUACACAAGUUCAAUGAUGUUGUGUGGCACGUGAGCUGGUCCAUCACAGCCAACAUCCUGGCCGUCUCAGGCGGAGACAAUAAGGUGACCCUGUGGAAAGAGUCUGUCGACGGGCAGUGGGUAUGCAUCAGUGAUGUCAACAAGGGCCAGGGUUCCGUGUCCACUUCAGUCACAGAGGGCCAGCAGAAUGAGCAGUGACAAGACAGGUGGGGCCUGGCACCUCACCUGCUAACUACAGGACUGCCCCUUCCUGGGCCAACGGACCAAACAGCUGGGAGGAGGAGCUCCCAACUCCACCAAGAUGACCUGCCCAGGAAUAGUUACAAAUGCGACCAGAUUAAUCAUCUGCCUUAACGUGACUUGAUAAGGUUUGUAAUUUACUGUCCAGCUGAAAGCGUUCAUGUUAGGAGGAAAAAACUUCAAAUGAUCUUCAAGUCUAUUGUUUUUUGGCCAUUUUUAUGUACCUUUUGGGUUCAGGCAUUAUCUGCGGGGUUUCGUUUCCAAAGUAAUUAAAUAAACUCAUAUUGCUUAUAAUUCUUCCUACAUUA